AUGGAUCGCAUUGCUGGUGCUCAUUAUUUGAGCAUGAAGGAUGUUACGGAUAACUGGAAGCCUAAUGGUGGAACCCAUGGAUUCUAUUUGAGAUUUCUCAUGAAGAAAGCUGAAGCCCUUGCGGUUGAGGAGAAAUGGAAAGAAUUCAAUGUUAUCCUAGCCGUCAUGAUCUAUGGGUUGGUGUUGUUCCCGAAUAUUCCGAACUUUGUUGAUCUUACUGCUAUUUGCCUCUUUAUGGAUCAAAAUCCCGUGCCCACUCUGUUGGCAGAUACUUAUUACGCCAUUCAUUCCAAGUAUGGGAAGAAGGGAUCAGUUGGGGGCUGUUUACCACUGCUAUAUAAAUGGUUCACUUCGCAUUUGCCUAAAAGUGGACCGUUUUUCACAACAAAAGACUCACGGAAAUGGCCUAAAGGAUCAUGGGGCUUACUGCGAACGACAUCAUUUGGAACGAAAGGCGUCAUCAAUUAUAAUCUGAGACUAGCACUACGCCAGUUGGGUUUUGCGCUAAAAGACAAACCUUUGGACAAAGAGGUAUUCGAAUCUGUUUGCUUUGAGAAGGGAACUGAUCCAGAGGGUUUGGAAAAAGUGAGAAGCGCUUGGAAUAGCAUCCAUGUAGAUGAUCGAACUUCCUUGGGAGGGAAGAAUGUCGUUGCCAAACAGGAUUAUACUGAUUGGGUCAAAGACAGAGUCAAGGAUCGCCUGUUGCCUUUCCCGAAAGUUAACCCAUUGUACAAGCAACCACCUGAGGUUUUAACUGCCACUGUGCCAGCUGAAGAAUAUACCCAAGUGCACGUGGAAAACAUUCGGUUUCGUGAAAAGAGACAAGAGGCGCAACUAAAACAUUAUUUGGUGGAUCAGAAAAGAGUUGAGUUGGCGCGUGAAGUCAAAAUGCUGAAAGGAGGACCUUCCAGAGUUCAAAAGAGGGCCAAAACUGAAAGGGGUGAAAGAGCUACUACUGUUGUUGUCGAGGAUCACCAGAAGAUCAUUGAAAAAUCCAUAAAAGAAGCAGAAGAGAAGCUUAAGCGAUAG